GAGCUCUAAAAGACGGCGCGACGGAGAAUGAAAGUUUUGGAGGAGCCACAUUUGAGAGCGUUUGCGAAGUUUGGAGGCGUAGCGCAGCGAUGUGAUGUGAUGUGAUCUACCGGCUUUGAGAACAUUAAAGUGAAAAUCUCGAGCGGUCAAGAGAAGGGCAGUCACAAGGUUGGCAGACUGGCACACAGGCACAGAUGGCAGAGGUGAUGGAGGGUGUAUCCACGGCAGCAGUGCCCAAUGGCAGUGUGGACUGGCAGAAGAGAUGCAUCGCUCUGGAGACGCAGCUCAUGAGGUUUCGUCUACAAGCGGGAAACAUCCGCCACCUACUUGCUGAGAGGAUGCAGGAGUUGGAACAAAGAGUGAUUGAGGCCGACCAGCGGGCAGAGAACGCUGAAAAACAGGUCCACAUUAUGGAGGAGAAACUGAAGUCUGCAAAUGUGCAGCCCAGUGAAUCGGAAAACUCGUUGUACAGGCGUUAUCAAGAGUUGAACAGUCAAAUUCAGGAGAAAGACAUGAUCAUAAAGAGACUCGAAGGACAGCUGGAGAAGCAGAACUUGGUUCGAGCACAAGAGGCAAAGAUAAUUGAAGAAAAAGCUGCCAAAAUCAAAGACUGGGUCACAUUUAAGUUACGAGAGAUGGAAACAGAGAACCAGCAGUUGAAGAAGGCAAACCUGAAGCAGGCUGAGCAGAUCCUCAUACUGCAAGACAAGCUUCAGACUCUUCUCGAGAGGCCCAUGUCUCCAGCGGUGGAUGCCCAUCUGGUCCCCUCCAGCCCACUCCAGCCUCCCAGCUGCCCCGGGACACCACCUGCCCAGGAGGAGGGUUGGAGAUUGACAGGAUCUCGCAUAGCCAGCUCUACAGAUAGCAAAAGGAAAAUCACGGAGGGUUGCGAUUCCGCUUUUCAUAGUGCAUCUUUACUUCCCACAUUACAAGACAAAGGAGACUCUCAUAAGUCUAGUCAAGAUGGUGUUGACAACACAAUCUCAAUAAAAGAGAGCGCAGAAGGGGCGGAGCCUUCUUUUGGAGUGGCACGUGAGAGAGCAGUGGGAGGAGCCUCAGACAGAGAUCACUCUUCUGACGAACUCAACAGCAAAUUUCGUUCCCAGCGCCUUCGCUCUUCUUCCUCAUCCUCUUCCUCAUCCUCCUCAGCGUAUGAGACUCCUGGUCGGGGUGGCUUCGACACACCUACCCCCACUCCUAAAAGCCCUCCUCCUGUGUCCCUCUCACCCCCAUUAGUAUGCCUGCCUCUGUCAUGCCCCUUCCCUCUGGCUUUACCCUUGGGUACCAGCAUGACCCUGCCCAAAGUUCGCACCCCUCUAACCCCCCGUGACAGCAUCCAGCUUGUGAAGAAACACCGCAGUCAGCCACAGCCCGGCAUAGAGCGCCUCCAUCAGGUCAAUGUCAGUAUUGAUAUCGGAAACUGCACCUCUCCAUCCUACCACAGUCUGGUCCCCGGCACAGUUUCCACACAUGGGCUAGAGGAGACGGACAUUGAUGAAGGGCCUCCAGAAAGCAUGGAGGGUGUGGUGGAGAUGGAAGCCCAGCCCACUGAUGGAGCCUUAUUUGAGGGCUUGGCCAAGGAGUUUGAAAUGAUGGACCCAGAAGCUCUUAAACCACCUACACCACCUCUGCACCGAUUUCCUUCUUGGGAGAGCCGGAUCUAUGCGGUAGCUAAAUCAGGAAUGAGAGUCUCAGAGGCCUGUCUUGGAGCUAAGACUAUUGGGAGAGUAUCCACCCAACCUCAGCACUCAACAACUGGCCCCUUCACCCACCUCAUUUAUAAGAACAUCAGUGUGCCUGUGUACUCCACACUUAAAGGGAAAGCAACUCAGAUCAGCAGUGUCCCUCUCCCUGAUGAUGACUCGGGUUCAGAAGACGACAGCAGCUCAUUGGCCAGCCUGCACACAUCCACAUUGGUGCCAGAUAAGAAGGGCAGUACCCCAGGCAGCCCCCGCGCUGUCAAAAGAGGUGUGUCUAUGUCCUCCAUCAGUUCAGAGAGUGACUAUGCCAUUCCACCGGAUGCAUACUCACUGGACAGUGACUGCUCAGAGCCUGAGCACAAGGUGCAACGUACCUCGUCCUACUCAUGCGAGAGUGUCGGACCGGAGACUCUAGAAAAGACGGGUUACUUGCUGAAAAUGGGCAGUCAGGUGAAAGCUUGGAAGAGGCGCUGGUUCAUUCUGAGGAACGGGGAGAUCUUGUACUAUAAGUCGCCGAGUGACGUGAUCCGGAAACCUCAGGGCCAAAUGGAGCUGAACUCUUCGUGUCAUAUAGCCCGCGGAGAGGGAGCUCAGACAUUCCAGUUAAUUACAGAGAAGAAGACCUUUUACUUGGCUGCAGACUCCCCAAAUAUCCUGGAGGACUGGAUCAGAGUUCUCCAAAAUGUUCUCAAGGUCCAGGCCAGUGGACCAAUUUCCAUGGAUAAAGAAGCUAAGCCCACGGUGCGAGGCUGGCUAACUAAGGUGAAACAUGGUCAUUCAAAGCUUGUGUGGUGUGCUUUGAUUGGGAAAGUCUUCCACUACUACCGAAACCAGGAUGACAAGUUCCCACUGGGUCAGCUACGUGUUCGGGAAGCACGGGUGGAAGAAGUGGACAGGUCAUGUGACUCUGAUGAGGAUUAUGAAGCAGGUGGGCGGGGCUUCCUCUCCUCUCACUUCACUUUAGUGGUUCAUCCCAAAGAGCAAAGCCCCACCUACCUGCUUGUCGGCACUAAACAAGAAAAGGACACCUGGCUGUACCACCUGACCGUCGCGGCGGGCAGUUGUGCCAGCUUGAGAGUGGGCACAGAGUACGAGCAGCUGAUUGGCAAGCUGUUGGAUGUGGAUGGAGACCCAGACUCCGCUCUGUGGAAACGUGAAGUGUUGUGUUUCAGUAAAGAGGGUCUGCGGUACCCUCUCACCACACUGCCCUCCGAGGCUCUCCAAACAGAGGCUCUCAAGCUCUUUAAGUCAUGUCAGCUGUUCAUCAAUGUGCUGGUGGAGUCUCCCUCCAUCGACUACCACACCUCGCUGGCCCAGAAUGCACUGCAGGUGUGCCUAACACAUCCAGAACUGCAGAAUGAGAUGUACUGUCAGCUGAUCAAACAGACCCACUGCCGCACUCCUCACAACUAUGCCCUCACGCAGUGCUGGCAGCUGUUAUCAUUGUGUGUAGCUCUCUUCCUGCCUCAGCACCAUUUCCUGUGGUACCUCAGACAGUACCUGCAGCGGAAUGCAGAUCCCAGGACUGAAGUGGGGAAGUAUGCUGUGUACUGCCAGCGCUCGGUAGAGAGAACCUUACAGAAUGGAGAGAGAGAGGCAAAGCCUUCACGAAUGGAAAUUCUGUCUAUUCUGCUGAGAAACCCCUACCAUCACUCGCUCCCCUUCAGCAUACCUGUUCACUUCAUGAACAACACUUAUGAGGUUGUAGGUUUUGAUGGUUCCACCACAGUGGAGGAGUUCCUGAACACAGUCAACCAGAGAGCAGGCAUGAGGAAGCCACAGAUUUCAGGCUUUGCGCUCUUCACUGACGACCCCUCUGGAAAAGACCUGGAGCAUUGCCUGCAGCCAAGCAAUAAAAUUUGUGAUGUGAUCUCAAAGUGGGAACAGGCACUGAAAGAACUUCAUCCUGGAAAAUAUGAGGGAACACGGAUUGUCCGUCUCACUUAUAAAAGCAGACUGUGUUUCCGAGCUCAGGCUAAGGGGGAGACUGAGCGAGAGCGCCUCCUGCUGGCUUAUCAAGUAAAUGAAGAGGUACAACAAGGGCACUUCCCUGUCAGUAAGGAACUGGGCCUGGAGGUGGCUGCGCUGAUGGCACAGGUCGAGCAUGGUGACUUAGACCGGCCAGCAAUGUCUCCCACUGCUUCUUCUCAGUCGAAGACCCAACAGGUCCUUCUGCAGGUACUGGAGCGUUUUUACCCUAAACGCUACAAGCAGGAAUGCAGCAUCGAGCAGCUUAGGGAACCCGCUGAGCGUUUGGCCACUAAGUGGUCUGUCCUUCGUGGAUGCACAGCCUCUGAAUGUGUGAGAAUCUACCUGACCGUGGCCCGCAAGUGGCCUCUGUUUGGCGCCAAGCUGUUCAGUGCCAAGCCAUUGCCUCCCUCUUCAUUGGAGCAAACUCGAGUGUGGCUGGCUGUUAAUGAGGAUGGGCUGAGUGUUCUGGACUACACAAUGCACCCAUUAGUCACAUAUCCAUACCAGUCAGUGAUCACCUUUGGAGGCUGCAAGGAAGAUUUCAUGCUAGUGGUCAGCCAGAUUAAAGAGCAGGCUUUGGGCAAGAAGACUGUGGAUAAACUUUUAUUUGCAAUGGCUAAACCAAAGAUCCUGGAACUGACGCUCCUCAUGGCUAGUUAUAUUAACUGCUGGACCUCCAACUUACCAGGGGCCGGAAACCAGACUCAAGGCUCAGCGCUGGGGCCUCAAGGAGACAGGAAGCUCUGGGACAUUGACAGCCGACACUUCCCCUCAAUGACAUACACCACCAAAGGCCCCACUCUCCUUUAAAACCUCAGUCUCCAGGUGGCUGGAUACAUCACAUGGUCUGCAAACAAAUAAUAACACAUUUUAGGAAAUGUUUAGAUCAUUUACUUUGGGAAACAAUUCAAAGAUUUUGUGUUUGAAGUUUCAGACCAUAAACUGCACAAGUUAUUUAUUGUGCAAAACAGACACCACUUGCACACUGUUCGUAGUCCAAAUACAAAAAAUAAGUGCAUCGCAAAGUGGGUUUUUAAAUGGAAACUCAUAGAAACCCACCCUGAGAAGAUCACCCACAAAGUCAGAGCAGAUCCAAGAGUAUUUCAUUCUUGAAUGCUAAAAAGUUUGGCGUUAAUUUUUAAGGAAUUAGAGCUUUUAAACUGGACGCCCAGUUAAAGGCACGGUUUGACUUUUUCAUUUGUGCGUAACAUGAUUUUAUUUCUGUCUUUGUUUGAAUUUUUAAAUGUUUAGUUAGUUAAAGGUUUUUUUGUGUAACGGUACAUUAAUUAAUGGUACCAUCAGUCAAUUGAAGUUUAUACAGUGAAUAUCAGAAUGUGUAGAAACAUUACACAGAUCAUCUCUAAUACACAUUUAGCGGAAACUAGCUAACCAGUAUAUAAAGGACAGUCAUAUGUGGUACAUGACUCAAGAGCAGUCUAUUAGUGUAGUCUUCUCAUCUAUCCAAGUAGGAAAUGACAUGAAAAUGUCGUCAGCACUAUGUGAAGUUAUAGAGUUUGGGUUAAAAGUUUUUUUCAUUUGUUUUGUGCCAUUUUCCAUAGUACUACCAAACAUAAUGCUUAAUCUGAGCCAAACUGUUCAUGUAGUGACAAGUUUUAUGUUAUACAGUAGUUGUAGAAAGGCACACAUUAAGGCUACUUCAUAUUUGCUCGCUAGCCAUAGCCUUGCCUCUUGUAUAAAGAAAAAAAAAAGAACACAGCCACACAUUUCUCAACAUGACGUUAAUAUGUGCAGGAUCAUAUAUUUUCGUGAAGUUUGUAGCUUGAGAAUGGCCAUAGUAGUUAUACUGAUAUUAUUAUGACGUAAUUUUUUAUUAGAUUUUUU